UAUUCUUCAUAGGUAUUCGUGGUGGAUUAGUGCAGGCAAGCAUGAGACAUGCCAAAGCCAAUAAUAUAAAGACCCCAGACUAUGACGAAACUAAGGAGAAAUCGUGGUUGAUAUACCAGGACUGUAAUAAUCUCUAUGGCUGGGCUAUGUGUCAGUAUAUGCCAUACGGUGACUUCAAUUGGGUUGAAUCCAACUUGAACGGACCGAGUGAGAUGUCACCAACGUCAGACAAAGGGCGAGUAUACGAAAUUGAUGUCUCAUACCCACAACAUUUACAUGAUAAACAUAAUGAUCUGCCUUUACUGUCACAAAACGGUAUACCAUCAGGCUCAAAGGUGAAAAAAUUGAUGUCAACGUUUCAGCAGAAGAAAAAUUAUAUUAUACAUUACCGGAACCUACAGCAGGCAAUUGAAAAUGGGUUAAUAGUUGAAAAAGUGAAUAGAGUUUUAGAAUUUAGCCAGUCUGCAUGGUUGGCGAAUUACAUUAACUUAAACAUAGAGAUGAGGAAGAAGGCACAGAACGACUUUGAGAAAGACUUUUUCAAAUUAAUGAAUAAUGCGGUAUUUGGGAAGACUAUGCAAUCGAAAAGAAAGGAAAUGAAGAUGGAGUUGGUGUCGUGUGAAAGACGAUUACAAAAACUUAUUAAUAAGACGACAUUUAAACAUGCUACUAACUAUAACGAAAACCUGAACGCGGUGGCACUAGAAAACAAAAUAAUCAAAUUUGAUAAGCCUAUAUAUAUUGGAUUUGCUGUUCUUGACAUUUCCAAGACGAAGAUGUACGAUUAUCACUACAACGUAAUGCAGAAGCACUAUGGUGAUAAUAUCAAACUUAUGUAUACUGAUAUUGAUUCGUUGGUAUACCAUAUUAAAACUGAAGAUUUUUACAAAGACUUGAUUGAGAAUCCCAACUUGAUGGAUAGAUUAGACUCGUCGGACUUGCCUCCUAUCCAUCCGUGCUACACUACAGCUAGGAAGAAGGUGCCCGGGUUUUUCUCUGAUGAAGCAAAAGGACAUAUAAUGACAGAGUUUUGUGCACUACGUGCAAAAUCAUACGUGUACAACAUAUAUACAGGAGAAGAGGAUGUGGUGAGAGAGCAGAUCAAGGCGAAGGGUGUAAGACAGCAUGUGGUUAAAAACCAUAUGACGUUGGAGGAUCAUGUUAAGUGUUUGUUCGAAGAUGAAAGUCUUGAUAAAUAUACAGAAAAUGUAUCCAUUCGCUCAUUCAAACAUCAGCUAAUUACAAUCAAAACAAAUAAAUUGACAUACAACAACUACGAUGACAAAAGAGUGGCGCUAGACGAUAAAAUACAUACACUGGCUCACGGUCAUUAUAGUUUAGAGGAUGAUAACGAGCAGAUUGUUGAUUGGCCAGAUCAUGAGUUUACUGUAGACGUUGCUGGGCGUGAGUGGGAGGAAUCGGAUAAAGAUUUAAUGAGAUUACUUCUAAGGGAAUGCAUGUCAAAAUAA